AGAAAAAAAAAGGUGCAAGAUAAAUCGGUGAGCGUUCGCGAAUCGGGUAGUUUACAACUUGUAUUUACUACGACACGAUUUCAGUUCAUCGCCGUGUCAACUAAAGUGGAAACAAUAUCAUCUCGGCUUCUUUUGUUUUUUCUCUAAUAACAGCGAGUCAUGUACGGACGGGACACAGAGUUCGAGGGAGUAUUUAUGGAGGAUUUGGAUGUAUCCGAUUGCUCUGACAAUACCUUUUUACCAGAUUUUGACGGAACUUGUGGCAAACUGCAGAUAAUGGCGGAUUCGGAUACGUUUGAUGUCAAGCCAAAGUUAGAAUAUGGUAUAGCCAAGGAUGAAUUUGGUGAUCGUCUGCUACGCGCAGCUCGUAGGUCGGAAUCGGAAAAUAGUCUCACACCGAUAGUUAAAGAGGAACUACGAUGUUUCAUCGCAGCUAAAAGACACAAAGAAGGAAAACGGGAAAUCAGAGCAGAAUUCUAUGAGCCCCAGCAACACCCGUUAACACAAGAAGAGAUUAUGAAGAAGGAAAGAAGAAGAGAACAGAAUAGACGGGCUGCUACUAAAUGUAGAAAGAAGAAAAAGGAAGCAAGGAUGUCAAAAGAAAGCGAAAUGAGUUCCUUGAGACAGUCAAAUACCAGUCUACAAAAACAAGUGAGAAUAUUGAAUCGCGAAUUGAAACAGUUAAAACAAGUGAUUGAAAAGCAUAAGAAAUCUGGACAGUGCCGAAUUGAACCUAUAAUACCAUUCCUAAAUACCUCGAUGUACAACCAACUGGAACUCCAAUAUCAAGAGGAACAGGUUACCUCCGAUGUCCUGUACAGUCCAUGUAGUCCAAACUCGUUGUUCCGUACCACCAACGACAUAUGUGGCGCCCAAAUCGACGAAUAUUCCGGCUACGCAAAUCAAUUUACCGUACCAAUGCCUCUGGAGCUACCCAAUUCAAUAUCGCAAACACACCCGAUUACCUUGAAUGGCACGUUAAGCCUUACUCCACCCGUCUCUCCUUACGUAACGGAAUUUCCCGACAACGCGAUUAUGGAUCCUCAAUUAUCGGAUAUUCUUCACGGCAUUGAUUAUAACUAAGGAAUGUUGAGAGUGACGCAGUGUGGUAAAACCGCUAUAAAGACUGAAACGCCAUCCCAAAAAACUAUAGGUGAUGAUCCUGUUAGUGCUCAAACUCAAAAGGCGUUAUUGUUCAUUAAUAGGAAAUUACAAUAUGUUGAAAUUUAUGAAAGAAUCAAAUUAUGAUGUAUAGAUAUGUAGCCUAUGUUCUUUAUUUGUUUUUGCUUAUUGUAUAUUUCAAACCUUAUAAUCUCUAGGUCUAUAUUAUAGUUACCAUAAUUAUUUUAAGUGCUUAUUUUGAUUUCUUUUGUCCAUAUGUAUAUAUAUAAAUAAAUAUAAUAUAUAAAUCAUUUUUAUGUAGCAAUUACUUCAUAUAGGCCUAAUGGCAUGUUAAUUUGUUUCUUUACGUGAUGUCUUGGUUAAUCAGAGUUAUCUCCCCUUAUAUUUCUCUAAGCUGUAUCUUUUAUUUACAAAACGUCUCGAAUUAUUAUUAAUAGUUCCUUACAUACAUUCAAGACACUUUCAAACUGUUUAAUGUUCAUUUAAGCAGAUUGUGUUUACUGGGCUGGAAAUGUAUUUUUGUCAAUUAAUAUCAAAUGACUCAAGUAAUAUUUACAUACAUUGGUAUGAAAUUUUUGCGGAUAUAUUUUUCCAUACAUCAAAAUAUAAAAUUUCACAUGGUCGCCCCUGAUUAGAUAUGUAUGAAAUGAGACAUCCGUAUAUUAAAUUUAAAUAUUUAAAUUGUAUAUUCGCAUAUUAUAUUACACUAUGCAAUGCUUAUUGGUAUGUUGCAAUUUUAACGGACUAGGAAAAUUCUCGUUAUUUUGGUGCAAUCUCGCAAUAUGGCGCAAUUCCUCGUGCAAUCGAACUGAUAUGCGUCAAGUCUCUAGUUAGCUGACUACGUCAGAUUGUGGUGUGUUCAGAAGCUUCGAUUUUGAAAGAAGUUAUAUUUAGUCUUAGGCUCCACGUUACAUAUUGUACUUUUAAUUUCGUUUGAAAUCCCUCAUCUUGUAACUAUUAAAAAUACGCACAUUUGUAUGUUACACAACCCUAAAUAGUGGGUCCAAUUCAAAUAACAGGUUUGUUUUUUUAAUUUACAAACGUUAUAGCAUUACGUUAACAAUCAUGUUCUUAUUCAUAUCAUAAUUUCAUGAGUCUAUGUCGUGGAUUGACCGUCACAGAACCAUCAAUGUAUAUUUCCGUCAUUGUAUAUUUCUUUCUAAAAUCAAAGGCUGUUCAUAAUCAAUCGCUGAAGGUCCAUGGAAUGCUAGAAUUUCUGUGUUAGAAUGUCACUUAUUGUUUUACCAGUGGUAGGGGUUGUAGAUGAACCAAACCAUUAUCACCAUCAUGAUUUAGGUUAAUAAAGUGAACAUGACCAUCAUAAUUUAGAUAACACCUGGUUGCUUUUAUUAAUUAUACGAGAAAAAAUGACCCUAGUCGAAUGGAAUGGAAUGAAAUAUUGUAUUAUUUGUAAUUUGCAAAAUAUGUUUUAAAUGAUUUAUUUUGUCCCCUUGUUUGAAUAUAUUAUUUGUAAAUAAUUUAUAUGUAUAUAUCUUUCUUUGUAUUAUAUAUAUUUUUUAAAAGUGAGGUACACUUCAUCUAACAUAAAAGUUAUUAAUCUUGUAAAUAUGUAUUUGUAAAUUAAGUCUUAAUGGCUCUCCAUUUAAGAGAUUUUUAUCAAGUGCUAAACAAUCAUUUUCCAUUUUCAUCAGUUUUCAAGUUUGAUCUCAAAGUUUUCAGUUUUGGUGAAAUAUUUCACUUAUUAAUUUAUCAUUUCGUACUAUUCAUUAUAAAUACAUCGAAUGGGAGUAUUUUGCCAAAAUGGUAAUAAUUAAGGUUGAAUAUGGAAUUUCAAAUAUAUCUAUGAAAAUAAACUACAUUAUGA